UACUUUUUUGCCAUUGAGGGAGCGAGGAGCGAGAAAAAUUUAUCUACCCAUAGUAUACCAAUUUGUAUACCUGUUUUCUUUGUAGAAAAUGUCUAAACGAGGAGGUAGGUCUAUAAAUAUCUUCUCUUUUUGUCUUAUUAAUUUGCUUGCUAAAUGGCAUAUCUGUGGUUGUAUACACAGGACGAGGAAAAGGACAUCAUAAAGGUCGAAGGCGCCAUUUUACUGAUGCUGAAGAAUUAAGAAUGGAAAUGGAAAAGGAGAAACGACAGCAGGAUUGGAGGGUAAAAUGGCUUUAUUUCACUUCAUUUUGUAUUUAAGAAAAUCAGUAAAGCAAUUACAAUGAAAUUCUAAUGCCUCGUAAUUGUAAUAAUAUAAUUGGAACGUCGUACCAGGCCUAUUUCUAACUUCCUUAAAAAAACGUGAUUUUUGAACUGUGACACGCGUGAUGCAAUACCCGCAUAAUUUCGAAAGAUGUAAAUAAAAUCAUUAACGUGUGGCAUUCUUUAGUUAUUGUUAGACGUACAGUACUACAUCAAAAGUACAAUAGCCUUAUUAGAACAACACAAGGCUGUUGUUAAAACAAUUAAUUAGCUGUUGAGAAGCAUGUUAAUAUACAAUUUAUCAGCAUAUCAAGGUGCUUCUCAUUUCCAUUGAAAUUAUUGCACAUCUAGUGCAUAGUUGAUGUACUGCUAUAAUAAAAUUAACUGCUUUGCCUUCUUCCUACUUAGAUUGUGAUGGUUUAACUAGUUGUCACAUUUGCCUGCUGGAGUAUUUAAUUGUUUUUAAGCCUUAAAAACAAUUUAAGAAAAUUCCAGUGGGCAAAUGCGACGGUUAUACGCAUAUGUUGCAAAUGAAUCCAGCCUAUGUUUUGACUGAAUUGAGUUUUAAUGUUCUUUAUCCAGGAGAGAAAAGAAGGUGAAGGUUCUGGUGAUGAAGAUGGGGCUACUUCCAAGAAACUUGAAUCUGAUAGUGAUGAGGAUUCAGGAAGUGAGGAAGAGAUGGUAUGCUGCAGUCUUUUGUCUGUUUCAUGCAGUGAUCAUCAUCAUCAUCAUCAUCAUCCUGGAACUCUUUAUUUUUGCUGUAGGGAAAACCUAAAGGAGUCAGUGGUCUCAUAGAAAUAGAAAAUCCAAACAGAGUAGCUCAAAAAACGAAAAAGGCAACCAAUGUAGAUGUCAAUGAUGAUAAGCCACAGCUAUCUCGAAGAGAAAGGUUUGUAGUCUUACUGUCAGUAGUAAUAUAAAUUUAUUACUGAAUUGAAAUAUAUGAGUUGAAUCAUAAUGAUUUUGAACUGCAGAUGAAGAUAUGAAAGUGAGAAGAGUUUGUAAUGUACACGAUGGUGGAAAUAAUAAUAUAUGCUGUCAGGUUGGCUUGAUUAGCUCAAUGGAUAGAGCAUUGCAUCCGGGCAUCACAAAGUUCAGGACUCGAUUCCAGGUCAAGCCUGAAUUUUUUCAGGUUCUUUUUCAACAGCUUAGUUUGUUCAUUUUACUGCUAAGAUCGUGUUCACUUUCAUAUUAACUAUUACUCAUGCCCAAGUGAGGGACAUGUCAACUGCCUGCCAUUCCUGUCUUGGGACAUUUUUUUGCAGGCCCAGUUCUCGUUUCAUUUCACUUAGCCUGUCUGAGUCUGCAAGCGGGCAAGGUGAAGUGAAUCUUGUGUUCUGAUUGGCUACCUGAAGUUUGGUUUUUUUUUCAUCAUGGCAAGAGAUUGGUUCUUGUAUUUGUCAGGGUUUCUAUGGUUCACUAACAACCUUUAGUCUACAAAAAGUCCUUGAAUUUUGCAUCCACAAAUUUGUGUGAAGCCUGUGGUUUCUGUGCAUUCUACAAGAGUCAGAUCAGUGAAAAAGCUGUGAAACAGGGCCAGCAGUUUUUUUUGACUGUGAUGAAAAGAAUCUUUUAUUACAUUGAUACAGUGAUUUAAACACUGGGGUUUAUUUAUUGCAACCUAGUAACUGACUGUGUCAAUAUCUCCUCAUGUUUAAGAUGAUCAGAAUGGAAACAGGCUUUCUUGAGCUUUUAAUCAUUACUGCAAGUUCUGUUUUUCCAGUAUUAGGCAGGGAUGUAGCUAAGAAAAUGAGAAUCAGGCUUUUUGGUUAGUCAAGCCAGCUGUUUUACUCAUCUCCAUCUCUAAAAUUCCCACAUGUCUUUGUUUUACUUUCAGUUUGAGCUGGUGAUAAGCUCUUUUUCAGCCGGAGAAAUUAGCCGGCAGCUGGCUCUUAGCAACAUCCCUGAUUAGGUCGCUUUCAAUCACGUGGUGACCAGCUAUGUAAAUUUCUUGGAACAAAGAAUUUUUUAUACAUGAGGAAAUAUUUUAUCUUACUUUGAAAGCAGAGGUUUCUUUCUGGCAUGGCUUGCAGCAUUUGUGAUUUCAUUUACAUUGCUUGUCAGGUGCAUAGACACAACUGACAUGCCACGCAAAUAAAUUUGCAAAUGCUAAAAGCCAUGCCAGGGAGAAACCUUUGCUUGCAGGGUAAUACGAUCCUCACAGAGAUUUUCUGGCAUACUCUGUGAUGUCAUGAGAAAACGAUCUAUUGCUAGUACAACAUUUUGCUCCCUAAGUUUGUAACAUAGAAAAUGACAUAGAAAAUUGAGGUGUGAUUUAAGUCCAUGGAAAAAAGUAAUAAACAAAAACCUUGAAAACUACUGCAUACCUUUAGACCCACUAGGGGCUCUGGUGUCUUGUACUUUCCAGUUACUUCGCUUGUUUGGUUGGAGAGUUUCAUCACUUUCAUGACAUUCAUUUUCACGCUCUACAAAACCCUUUCAGGAGCACUGUUGUAAGUGUUACCUUGUAACUUCAACUACUACCUUCAUAAAUUGCUUUGAAAUUGAUUUUAGGGAGGAAAUUGCCCGGCAACAAAAUAUAAUGCGAGAGAGGAAACUUCAAGCAGAGGGUAAAACAGAUCAAGCUCGGAGUGACUUAGCACGACUAGCAAUCAUUAGAAAACAGAGAGAAGAGGCAGCACGGAAAAGAGAAGAAGAGAAAAAAGGUACAAUUUUAUUGUCUCUAAAUUCUGAAAGUUUACUUAAAAUUCCUAGUGUUUGAAAUCGGAAACUACACAAUUGUUGCUUUGUUUGCCAACAUACUGUUAACUAUCUCGGGCAUGAAACAUUUUCGACCAAAAGAGGCUCAUUAUUCAAAAUCCUCAGGUAUUCAAUUGUAGUUUAUUUAAUCAGUGUUUGUAAGGUGGGUUGCUUGAAAAUAGUGGUAAAUGGAUAUGCAAAUAUUGGUAGUUGUGAUUAUAUAAUAUUAUUUGUUUUAAGCACUUAUUUUUCCUUUUUUCUCUCAGCGAAAGAAGCUGCUCAAGCUGCAAAAUCUGCAAAGCGGUAAUAGAGGCUACAUGAAGGAUGACGGACGAUCAACAGCAUCCUUUACAGAGAAUUGACUUAUAGAGGAAUGAGCACUAUAAGAAGCCCUAUGGCCAGAGAUAUUCCAUAUGCUUGCUAUAUCUUGUGGGAUAAC